AUGAAAAAUUAUAUAAAACAAGAGUUAGAUGAAGUUUCAUUUACACAAGAAGAAAUUCAACAAGUAAUUGAACAGUUUUCUAAAGAAACCUAUUUAAAUGAAAAAAUGUCACAAACAAUGCGGGACAUCAAUAUAUGGAUUACCGUUCUCAAACGUCUUAUUAUUCGUAUAUUGAUACCAAUUGUCGAUUUGACCAUACCCAUUGAAAUGUAUUUGCAACGAAGUGAUCUAUGGAAUGACAAUAUAAAUGAAAAUGAUCUAGAUAAUAUGAAAAUUGGUUCAAAUAUCAUGUUAAAACAUGCCUAUGUAAUUUUUAAAGGUCUUAAUGAAAAAGUCGAUAAUGGACAAAAAAAGCAAGACGACAUGCGGGACAAAACUGAAUCAGAUGAAAGUAACACCAAAAUUCGUAUUGACAACGAAUUCGAUAGCCACACUAAUCUUUCGACUCUUUCUACAUCAUCACAUUCAUCUCUUAAUAAUGUUGAAGAACAAGCAACAUUGAUAAGUUCUGAAGCUCUUAGAUAUGCAAAUUCGAUAUCAUAUCCACCUAUUAUCAUAACUGGUGUUCCAGCUUUUACAUCACAUUCAUCACUAGCUAUUGUUCAAUUUUUACGUUCACUCGUCAAUGCUCAUCCAACAUUGCCUCGAAUUAGUGAUACAUCAUGGCGUUUAAAUAAUAAAAAUCAAUUGUUGCUCUGUGCUCCAACUAGAGAUGUUUAUUCACUAUUACUCACGAAUAAUUAUCCAUCUACCAUCGGUACAUCUACCAUACAAGUUAUUCCACUACGUCGCUUACCAGCCCAACUUUCACCUCUUCUUUUAAAUGUUCCAGGUUAUCUUGAUGAUAGUUAUUUUUUAGAAGAAAUACAAAAACACUUUCGUUCAGUUAAAUAUCUACACCGUAUUCGUACUUUUUCAAACACAAACAAUUCUACACUUGUUUGUAUCGAUUUUGAAAAUGCUCAAGAAUGUGAUCAAUGCUUACAAGCACAAUAUCUAUCAGUUGCAAAUGUACGUCUUGUUAUUAAGCAAUAUUUAGGUCCUCCUCGCAUUCCUCAAUGCACAAAAUGUUGUUCAUUUGUACAUUUCGCCAAUCAUUGCUCAAGUACACACAAGAUAUGCAACAAAUGUGCAACAUCUAUUUUAAUUGAUACAAAUCAUCAGUGCAGUUCUAUUCGAUGUAUUAAUUGCUCAAAAUUGCCUAAUCAUCCUUUUGAUAUAAAUCAUGAUGCUUUCGAUCACCAUUGUCCAUCUAUGUUAAAUUUCAAAAAAAUGCUCGUCACAAAACUUGUCGAACAAGGCAUUGUUUCGAAUCACAUUUAUGUUCCAAAAGAAUUACAACACCGUUUACGACAGGUUCGUGAACGAUUACCACCAGUUACUCCUAUUUCAUCUCGGCCGAUACUUUCAACUGCAGCACGUCAUGCUACAGGGAACACAACAAAUACCAUUGCACCUAAAUUAACAUCUACAACAGUUAUUGUUCCUCAAUCAUCAAGAUCCAUAUCAAAUUUUAUUGAUUUUAUGCAAACUACUGUUAAACCAUUUGAAGACCAAUUAUCGAAUCUUGCUAAACAAAUGACUAACUUAACUGUUUUAUUUAUUAUACAAGAAUAUAAAAUUGAUUACGUAAGUUCUCUUGUCGAAAAAAUAAUGUUACCAUCGUUCAAGUUAAUUACUGAAACUCUACCAGCUCUUGUUCAUCUUAUUCUGGACUCAUCAAUGCAUGUUAAUCAAAAGGAAACAAUAAGCAAUCAAUUACAAAAAACUUCAAUGUUUUUGAACACCGCCUGUGAACAACAUCAAAGUUUUUAA